AUGGAACGCAUAGACGUUCAGGACGUUCAAACCGGAACCGGAAGUGAUGCGCGAAACCGGAAGGAGGAUGUGGAACGCAUACAUGAUCUGGUGGAACGCAAGCCGCAUGGACCCUCGCAAAUCUACACCAGUAAUUGUAUUCACAUGCCAGCGCUAACAACGAACCUUUGGGAUCUUUUCACCACUCUGUCCACCAAUGAAAGUCAUCCGGAGUUCAGCUACACCUGA